AAAAAAGGGAUAGUGACUGGUUUGCACAGUCACUGACCAGAUUUUUUUUUUUUACUAAAAUUCUUCAAAUGUUUUCAGGGGCUCCAUACGAAGGGAAUAAGCAUUUGAUUUUUUGGGGGGGGUAGUUAAAUGGUUAACUCCAAAAGUUCGACAAACUGUAGAUUGGUGUUAAAGUGUCAGAAAACUGCAGAGUUUGAUGGAAACAUGACAUUUUGCCCCUCGCAGUGCUCCAGGAUUUAAGGUAGAGAGCCGGACGCGCUGGUGCUCCUCCCGCCUUAAAUCUGCAGGCUGGCGCUCCAUCUGAGCGGCGCGCAGUGCGCAGCAUCAGCAUCAGCGCGGCGCGGUCAUGGCGCAGCAGCUCCUCCGCAGCAUCCUCACUCACAGCGAGCCACACGCGCUCGACCUGAAUUAUUUCAGUGGCGCAAUUAUUCCAAAACUCCCCGAGGCGCUGGGAAGAAAUUAAUGAAGGAGGGCGGAGUAAAAAGUGCGCCACUCCAGAGCGACAGAUGUUGGGGAAGUCUUGUUGAUCGUGGGCAGAAGAGGAAGAGGAGGCAGAGCAGGAUCGUCCUGAACAGAGAUGAACACUUCUGUCUGUUGGAGAUUAAAGAGUCGUCCUUUCCAAAGCCUUGAAUGGCCACACUGAAGGACAUGCAAUCGAUGGAAAAAUAUGCCUAAAGAGGACUUGAGUCAAGUCUUGCUCCAACAUAAGUGCCUCUGGUUAUAAAAGAAUUUGUGCUUCACAACUCAAAUGAUGUUUGUGGAGUCCGUUGUCCGAUGGGGAACGUGGAGCAUCCUGCUCCAGUUCGGGCUCGGUGUAUCCGCAGGAAGCUGUCCUUCACGCUGCACUUGUCGACCUGAAGUCAGAGAAGUGAUCUGCUCUGGCAAGUAUUUGAAUUCGGUGCCAGAAGGCUUUUCCAAUGACGCCAGACGGUUGGAUUUAUCCCGCAAUAGAAUUAAGACGGUCGGACGGCGCCAGUUCUCUGGCCUUGCCCAGCUUCAAGACUUGGACCUUAGUGAUAACUUAAUCUCCAUGAUUGAAGUGGAGGCUUUCUUGGGUCUCAAGAAUCUGAAAACUCUUAGAAUCAAGAACAACCGUCUCAAGAUCCUCCCAGUCGGGGUUUUUUCUGGACUCUACAGCCUUCGUCUCUUGGAUUUGAGCCAGAAUGAGAUUCUGGUAUUCCUGGACUACACCUUUAAGGAAGUAGUCAACCUUCAAACGCUAGAAGCUGGCGAGAAUGACCUCGUCUUUAUCUCCCAGAGAGCUUUCUUUGGUCUGCAGAACCUGCAGGAGCUGAACUUAGACCGCAGCAACCUGACCUCCAUUCCCACAGAGGCGCUGACCCAGCUGCAGAGCCUCACAGUUCUCCGCAUGUUUCGCCUCACCAUCUCCUCGCUGCCCAACAAUGCUUUCCGACGAUUGCCCCAUCUGCGCAGCCUCCAGAUCCUAAACUGGCCUUCGCUGGACACAAUUGCAAGCAACAGUCUCAUUGGUCUAAAUUUGACAUCACUCACCAUCAGCAGCUGCAAUUUGACUGCAGUUCCUUAUGCAACACUUCGUCACUUGGUGUACCUGCGCUUCCUGGACCUGUCCUACAACCCCAUCACUGUUAUCCAAGGUAACCUCCUCGGGGACCUUCUGAGACUCCAGGAAUUACACCUAGCAGGGGCAAGCCUGCUACGAAUAGAACCAGGAGCCUUUAAGGGCCUGUCCUUCUUUCGAAUGCUUAACGUAACAUCCAACAUGCUCACUACUUUGGAGGAGAGCGCUUUCCACUCCGUGGGGAACCUUCAGGUGUUGCGUUUAGAUGGGAAUCCCCUUGCAUGUGACUGCCGACUUCUCUGGGUGAUGCGGCGCAGGCAGCGCCUGAACUUUGACGGCCACCAGCCCACCUGUUCAUCCCCCGACGCUGUACAGCAGCGCGAGUUCAGAGACUUCUCCGAGAAGGAACUCCUCCGGCUCUUCACGUGUCGGCCGGCUCGCAUUAUGGACCGCAGGCCGCAGGAGGCGAGGGUCGAGGAGGGCACCACAGUUCUCUUUUCCUGCAAGGCUGAUGGGGAUCCGUUUCCAACCAUCACCUGGAUCUCCUCUCAUAAGAACACCAUCUCUCCCACAGGAAGAAUCAGAGUUCUACCGAAUGGGACUCUGGAGGUCCGCUUUGCCCAAGUUCAGGACAGCGGCACAUAUCAGUGCUUGGCAGUUAACGCUGCAGGCAACGACAGCCUGUCUGUGGGGUUGUACGUGAAGGGGGUCCCUCGUAACAACACCCCUGUCUUUUCAGAAGAAAGCUGGGUCGAGCCCCUAGACCUCCAAACUGCUAACUCCUCAGCUCAAAUGGCCAAGCCGUACCCAUUUGAUGCCAAGACACUGAUCAUAGCCACCACCAUGGGCUUUCUGUCCUUCCUCAGCUCCGUGGCCAUCUGCUUUGUCUUUAUGUUCUUCUGGAGCCAGAGCAAAGGCCAGAUCAAGCACACGGCGACAAUAGACUUUGUCCCACGCUCUUCUGUCGGCGGAGGAGGGGACGGCGCCGAUGGUGGCAGGUUUACCAUGAAGCUUAUCUAGAGCCAUCAGAAGGAGGAUUUUUCUGCACUAUGAACUCACACUGCUCCUCUGGAGACAGACAGUCAAAGGCUCUCCAGACGCCUGAUCAGAAAGAGUCUCUUGCUCCUGUGCCAGCCUUCUUCCACUUUUGGAGUUACAUCGAGGCAACUUCUCGCCUGUGUUUUCAAACUAAGGAUCCUUGAAGCAAACAGACGGAGUUUGUGUACAUUGAAAUUGAGUAACUUUUUUGAGUCGAUAUGUAUGUUUCUAUAAGGCAUGAAGUUAUAAAAUGAACUGAAUAGAUUUUAAUCUUCACAGUGGUAAAAGACAAUAAGUGCUGUUCGAUCAUCCACUUAUAUUCUGUCUCUGCUUGCCAUAUUUGACCCUUUCACAUAAAUUCUGCUUUAGUUUUAAAGGGGCCAUACCAUGAAAAAUCUACUCUUUGAGCUUUAUACUGUUCAUUCCUCUCUAUAAACAACCCCAAGUCAGUAGUUUAAUCCAUUUAACAAUUUCUGAGUAACCCUAAAAAAACUGUGCUCUCAACAGCGGCCCCUCCCAUAUCCAUGAAACCGAGCAGAUUCUCACGUGCUGAUGUCACAAUGUGAGAACCGCCCUCUCCAGGAAGAGUCUGCUCCACCCCCAGGCAAACACAAACAUUUUAUCCGCAAAGCUAGCAGCUCGAGCUAGCUGUGAUCAUUUAGCUAUUUAAAAAAUAAAAAAUUCCCCUCAUUUUUCAGUGGGUGACGCACCAGCCCUAGGAUGAUGUCAUGCAUUGGGUGGCACCAAUGUGGCACCCUCAGGGAGCGAAAGUUGUUUAACUUCUGGGUAUAAAAAGAAUUCGCCAAAAUAACUCAUUUCAUAAAUAAUUUGUUUUUUAGUGUUCAAAAGGUCAUAUAUUAUCAUUUAUAUGGACAUAGUUUACUCUGAAAGAAAAAUCAUGGUAUGGCCCCUUUAAGACUUGUGAAUAUAAAGCUUUUGAUAUCCAUGUUUCGAUUAGAAUAGCCAAAUAUAUUCCUACUUUUCCUAAAUUUUAGACGCUUUUUAGAAUUUUAAGAUUCCUGGGAUUGGAAAUUUUAGGCAUCUGUGUUAGGUAGCCAUGUAUACUUAACCGUUUUAUACUUUUACAUGUUUUUUUUUUUUUUUUUAGAUCAAAAGCACCUUUCCUUUUGUUAUGUUCUGUCUUGGCAUGCUAUGAUUUUUAUAUUUAUUUUGUAUCCGAAUGAAACGACGUGCCUCACUGACAUUCUCACCAUCGACAGAGAGAAUGCCGUCCUUGAUCUGUGUUAACGUGUAAAUAUUUAGGUCAAGGUUGACUCGUGUCCUAUGUUAAUAUAUAAUUUUUAUCCAGUCCUGGGGAUUAGUGUCACUCACAUAUGCCCGUCUUGUAUACCAGACUGAGUAGAUGCAUUAGGCUGUGCACAAAAACUUUGAACUAUGCCAGGAAAUGAAGAUGCUAACUGACAUAUUUGUUUAUUUGUUGUAAAAUACUUUUUGUCAUUAAAUGCCAGUUUGAACCUGC